AUGUUGGCCGGACAACACCACGUUCCAGGAAUUGAGUCACCUCUGAUGGUUGUGCUAUGGCGAGUGGCCGCUGGCGUAUUUCUGCCUCUCAUUCCAACUAUGGCAGUUUUCGGCAACGCACUUGUGAUUAUGUCAGUGUUUCGAGAACGAUCGUUACAAACCGUCACAAAUAUGCUCAUCGUGAGCUUAGCAGUUUCAGAUUUUAUGGUUGCAAUUGGAGUGAUGUCAUUUGGUGUAUAUUAUGAGUGGAACAGUUUUAAAUGGGGUCUCGGUGCAUUUUUUUGUCACGUGUAUCAAGCGCUGGAUGUCGCUUGCUCAACAGCUUCUAUACUCAAUUUACUCGCUAUUUCUUUAGACAGAUAUAUCGCAAUAGGUCAUCCCAUAUCAUAUGCUCAAUACGGUGCACGGGGCGGUCGUGCAAUGAUUUCCAUCACAAUAGUAUGGGGCGUCAGUAUAGCUGUCGCUCUUCCACUUCUUCUUGGAGUGAAUCCGAUGGAGAACGAUCAGUGCGAACUGGCAAAUCCAUACUUCAAUAUGAUCUCAUCGAUCUUUUCAUUCUUCAUUCCAUGUAUUGCAAUGAUUAUUUUGUAUACUAUCAUUUUCCGACGGUUACGACAGCGGGAACGAGCGAGGAGUUUACGUCAAGCGCAGAGGAGUGAAACUGAUAAGAUCAGUUCGGCACUUCUCGGUGGUGCUCAGAUUGCAAGGCAAAUGGGCAAACACUUCAAAAACCGAACAGAUCAAAUUUUAUUGGAGAUCAGUUUUCAGACGUCAUCGUUCCCAACUAUGUCAGAAUCGUCUGACGAUGGAUCAACGAUCUCUCCGAUGAUCAACUCGUUCAACAACUUUCUACCAAAGAAAACAACAUAUCCAAGUACAUCAAUACCGGCAAUACCAGAAUGUGGAUCAAUGCCGAAUUUAACAAUAAUCGAGAAGCCAGAAGAAGAGAAAGACAUCGAACUCUCAAUAAUGGAUCUGCGGGACACCGUUGAAAUGCUUGACGACAAAUAUUCUUCAGCUAUGAUCACCAGAUCCUUCGGUGAGGAGCUUGAAGAAAUCCUCCCGUUCAUCGAUGGAUCUACUAGUGUGAAACAUUCCAGGGAACAGUUGCACACCACUAGAUCAAAUACCAGCACGACAAGACUACUUGAUGUAAAGCCAGAGUUAAGGAGUAUAAGUGUUCCCAGCAUACAAGAUGAGAAGAAACUGGGUCAAAAGCCAUUGGAAACCCCAUUUGCCCUUCAAAAUGGAACAAAUAAACAAAAGCUGCUGCCGAAUCCCGGGAUACUGAUGAAAAGCAAAUCAACAACGUUGUUAAAAACAAACGGGUACAUGGACACUGAUUCACUCAAUAAUAAUAGGAGUUCACACAAGAAGAGUCUUGCUGAUUUAUUAGCCAACGACGAAUUUUCGUUUUCCGAUUCUAUGCGGGUAUAUAAAAACCGGUUAUUUAAAAGUUUGAGUCGUGCGACUAGUGGAUGGAAUAAACCUAGGCCGUCAAGGCAUAUGGUGAAAAAAGCAACAAAGCAAAUGAGGAGAGAACAUAAAGCUACAGUAACACUUGCAGUUGUGUUAGCGGUGUUCCUGUUCUGCUGGUUACCGUUCUUCAUAUUACAUCUGAGCAACUCUAUUUGCUUAAUCUUAGACCCUAACAGUGAUUGUGUAGGGUUUUUACCUUUAUAUCUUGCUACGUGGUUGGGAUACCUCAAUUCUUCUCUCAAUCCAUUGAUCUAUACAGUAUUUGACCAAAGGUUCCGAAAUGCAUUCAGGAACAUUCUUUCAUGCGGGAUUUUUAAAAAGAGAUGA